CACCUGGCGGGCAACGCCGCGUGCUCAGUUCGCCCUCAACCCUCCCUCAUAGCGGCCGAGGCUUCGGGCUCACGGUGGGGGAGCGGCCCGCUGGUGUGCCGCGAUCCCCAACCCCUUCGGGAAGCCCCGCACGAGCCCUGAGUCUCCAUUGGUAGUUGCCUCCAGUUCAGGUUUCUGGCUGGGCAAACCGUUGCGAAGGGUCUCAGUCCACAGAGGGUUAGAUUGAUGAGAUGCCUGAGGCUGCAGUGAAAUCAACAGCCAACAAAUACCAAGUCUUUUUUUUUGGGACCCACGAGACGGCAUUCCUGGGCCCCAAAGACCUCUUCCCUUAUGAGGAAUCCAAGGAGAAGUUUGGCAAGCCCAACAAGAGGAAAGGGUUCAGCGAGGGGCUGUGGGAGAUCGAGAACAACCCUACAGUCAAGGCCUCGGGCUACCAGUCCUCCCAGAAAAAGAGCUGCGCAGAAGAGCCCGAAGUGGAGCCUGAAGCCCACGAGGGUGACGGUGACAAGAAGGGCAAUGCAGAGGGUAGCAGCGACGAAGAAGGGAAACUGGUCAUCGAUGAGCCAGCCAAGGAGAAGAAUGAAAAGGGCAUGCUGAAGAGGAGAGCAGGGGACAUGCUGGAGGACUCCCCUAAACGUCCCAAGGAGUCAGGAGACCAUGAAGAGGAGGAAAAGGAGAUAGCUGCCCUGGAGGGUGAGAGGCCCCUACCUGUAGAGAUGGAGAAGAACAGCACCCCCUCUGAGCCAGACUCUGGCCAGGGACCUCCUCCAGAGGAAGAAGAGGGGGAGGAAGAGGCUGCCAAGGAAGAGGCUGAAGCCCAGGGCGUCAGAGAUCAUGAGAGCCUGUAGCCACCAAUGUUUCAAGAGGAGCCCCUGCCCCGUUCCUGCUGCUGUCUGGGUGCUACUGGGGAAACUGGCCAUGGCCUGCAAACUGGGAACCCCUUUUCCACCCAACUCACCCUAUUCCUUCACUCACUCUCUCCUCUUUAAGUCCACUCCUGGAGAUUGUCUUGGCCCUCACCUCCAGCUCCCUUCCUAUAUAAUCUGUGGCCUGAGUCAGGGCCAUGUGCCCCAGGAUGAGAUGAGGCCUUUGUAUCUCCUCACAUUUGUUUCCUAGGGUCUCUUUUGGGGUCUGGGCUGCUUGACACCUCGUGACACCUCUGCCCUGCUGCAGGCAUUCUAGACCUUUCGGGGGUGGGUUGGGGCAGGAGUGGAGGUGAAGGAAUAUAAGUGAGUGUGGGUUCACGGGCGGCAUCGCCUACCUGAGCUAUCUCCAGCCCCCACACCUAUUUUCCCAUCUGCCAACAUUCAAGAAAUGGACACUGUGGGAGAGGCUACCAUGCAUCCAUACAUAAAUCCUUGGUGAUUUUUUGGGAACACUUUCCCCUUACCCCAGGGUUCAAGGAAUUGUAGAUUAACAUGGAGACUUUGGAUUUUCCAAGUUAUUUGGGCCAGGACCUGAAGAGAGCUGAGAGUCGAAGGAUCAACUGAUUGGCAUUGAGGAAAUGUCUCUGUAGAUCUCAGGGCAGAGAUGAUAACCUGGGGAGACGCUGCUGCCUUUGUCCCAUUCAUUCCCUGUUCUCAAGGCCGGCCUGUAGUCAGAUAUGUCACCCAGACAUAAAGGAAAAGACACAUUUUUUAAGGAAAUGUUUUUAAUAAAAGAAAAUUACCCAAAAAAAAAACCCACAAAAAAAAAAAAAAGAAAAAAGUUAACCUGCCCCUUCGUGUGCUCCCUUUUCUGCUCCUUUCUCCCCACUACUGACCCAUUUGUGAGGUGUACCAGGGGGUUGGCUCUCUUCUUUGGAGCUGGGGCUUUGAUGUUCCCCAGACUUGGUCUCUGGUGUGUCACACACCCCAUUCGUAGUCCACUGAGAAUACAGGGAAACGUGUCCUCCAGCCUUCUAGUGGUGUCUUCUGCCCCUCUUCCUUCUCUUGUCUUUUACUCCCAUCCCUCCUCUGGGCUCUGAAGAAAAAUUGCUGACUGUAGCUUUGGAAGUGUAGCUCUGAGAACAAUAGACAAUUUGAGUUCUAGGAAAAUAAAGCCGUUGAUUACUAUCCUGA